AUCAGCCAAUAGGGGCGCCACAAAUGCCUAAAAACUUUUAUCUUACUAACCAAAUGACAGAAUCAACUAAAACCAAGCACACAUUAUUUGACACAUAUCAUUAGAAAUAUGAAAUUUGGCUGGAAUUAAUCGGAUCACAAUAAAAACAUCUUCCUCUAUCAUCAUCAUCACCUCUUUUGCCUUGAAAUCCAUAAAAUAAUCAUAUAACUUCAAGGCCUGAAACCCACCAUCAUUGCCACUUACAGGUGUAUAUGUAUAUAUUAUUCAUUGCCUAUAAAAAGGACGUUUUUUUUGCUCAAAAACCUCUCUUUAGUGGGGGAUGUACCUCAGUGGUAGAGCGCAUGCUUUGCAUGUAUGAGGCCUAGGGUUUGAUCCCCUGCAUCUCCACUGAAGUUUUCUGUGUUGCUCCACUUCUCUUAAUACAUUCACACAGCUUGUUGGUAAAAAUGAAUGAAAAUUCAUUAAUGGAGAUUUGAACUGGAGCACCUGAGCUACAGUCUGCCCUGGUGUCACAAUGUGUAAGUAACCAAAAUGUCUUCCCACGUGGGGUAGAGCUGAAUUUUUCAUAUGUUAAAGUGUUCCUGUUUUUGAUCUAAAUCAAACUAAAUGCCAACAGUGGAUGGAAUGGGAAUUCUACUGAGAAAACAAGUUACAAUGAAAAGGUCCACCUGGCUGAAGUGUGCAUUGAUCACUCAUUUGUAAAUGUACAACCGAAGUUACACCAGGCGACAGAAAGCGUGUUAUAAAUGACUAACUUGGCAUGUUUGUUCUUGUGUACGACUUUGGGACCUUGAAAUUCUUACAUGCCCGUCAAACCGGAAAUGUGAGAGCCGCGUUUUUCGCUCCUCGUUUAAGCGCUGCGUCGUCAGUGGAAGUUCGCUUCCUGUAAGAAGAGCGAGGGAAGGUUCGGCGUAAGUAAGGUUUCGAGCUGGCGGCGUUGGCGUCGCGUGGAAUGAUAGGGAAUAAACGCAACGGACAGCUCGAGCUGUGAUGCCCACCACGGCGAGCCGUAUCGCGGCGCAGGCGCUGCCGUUGCUCUCCGUAGCCUUGCUUAGACACCGGGAGAAGCGACGGAAGGUUCCCAGGCACCGGGAAACGUGGAGAGACGCUGGACCGUACUGGAAUGUGACUGUGAAGGUCCUCCGUGCCAGCUAUAUUCCCAAGCUGGAUGUCUUAUCGGAGACAGACUGCUACGUUAGCCUGCGCCUCCCGACCGCCUCCUCCCGAACGUACCGCACCCGUACCGCGCGCAAGUCCCGUUUCCCCAAGUGGAACGAGACCUUCCGGUUCCGGGUGCACAGCCAUGUGAAGAACAUUCUGGAGCUGAAUGUUUGCGAUGAAGACUUGCUGGACGUUGAUUACUCCACUGUCCUGUUUGAUCUGAAUAACCUGUAUCCAGGGAAGAGAGAGAGGAAGGUCUUUGCCCUGGACCCCAAGGAAAAAGAUGAGCUUUGGGUAGAGUUUGAGAUGGAGGAGAGUAAAGAAGUACCAGGAACAUACAUCACUAAUGGAGUGCUGGUGGCUGGGCCAUUCUCUCUCCUGGAGGUCAAAGUUGAAGAGACCUCCAAGGAAAAGGAGCGGCAGGACCUGGUUCUGAAGCUGAAUGGAGCGUAUGAGCAGGAGCAGGUGAUCCGGAGAGCAGACCCAGGCAGCGGCCCAGCCAAGCCGGUUCUGUUCCACAUCAGCAGGGACCUGGAGACGGAGCUGGUGGUCCAUCGCCUUCAGGAGGAGAAUGAAGAGCCGAAGCAGAAGACAGAGGACGAUCUUGAGAACGCGACAGAGGACGAAUCGGGCGCGUGCACAGUCCUUCUACGGUCCCUCCCUGCAGACCAGCAAGUGAUCAUGUCUGUGCCUGUGGGACAGGAUGAAAUUGAUCUGCGGCUGAAAGCUACUGAUUGCUCAGAUGAGCUGGACGUGCAUCUGGGUUUCGACAUCCCCGUGGAGGAGAAGCGCUUUUUGGAGAAGAGGAGCGCUCUGGUGUCCCGCACUCUACAGGACGUCCUGCAUCUCCCCUUGGCACCCAAACCCGAUCAGGUGCCUGUGGUGGCGGUAGUGGGGUCCGGGGGCGGGACCAGAGCGAUGACAGGGCUGUACGGGACUCUCAUUGGCCUGCAGUCGCUGGGCCUGCUUGAUGCGGUCAGCUACAUCACAGGCGUGUCUGGAUCCACAUGGGCCAUGUCCAGCCUGUAUGCUAACGCUAACUGGUCGAAGGAGGGCCUGGAGACGGCGGUGUCUGUGCUGAAGAAGGAGAUCAGUAAGAGUGCUUUCGGAAUUUUGUCCCCCAGCCAGCUGGCAUACUACCGGCAGGACCUGCAGCAGAAGGCGAAGAGCGGACAGCUGGUGUCCUUCAUAGACUUCCUAGGCUUGGGCAUCGAGUACCUGAUCCACGGCAAGAAAAACAACGGUACCCUGUCAAGCCAGCAGAGGGCAGUAGCAGAAGGACAGAACCCUUAUCCCAUUUACACUGCUGUUAACAUGAAGAACAGCAUCAGUGGCAGUGAAGCUGUCUCCGAGUGGUGUGAGUUCACCCCCUAUGAGGUGGGAAUCCCCAAAUAUGGAGGGUCUGUACGGGCGGAAGACUUCGGCAGUGAAUUCUACAUGGGUCACCUGAUCAAGAGACAUCCAGAAAUACGCAUUUCCUACCUGCUGGGGCUGUGGAGCAGUGUUCUCUCCUUUAAUCUGCAGCAGGUGAUCCUUAGACUGAUGGGCUCAGUGCCGUCCUGGAUCACAGGCCUGGGAGACGAAAUUCAUGACACAGAUGAGCAGAACCCCCACCCACCCGCCGCACUGCACACCUACUUCAUCGAACCCGUCGGGGAGCUGGCGGAAAUGUUGGACAACCUGGUGACCAACCGACCAAUCAUCAGCCACAACUACAACUUCCUGCAUGGGUUCAAGCUGCACUGGAACUACAGUGAGAACGACGGCUUCCUCGCCUGGAGAGACGCACACCUGGACUCCUUUCCCAACCAGAUGACGCCUUCGGACUCCAAGCUGCAUCUGGUGGACUCAGGCUUUGCCGUGAACUCGGGGUUCCCCCCCGUCCUGCGCCCUGAGAGGCACGUGGACCUCAUCCUCUCCUUCGACUAUACCUGGGACCGCCAUCAGUUUAAGGUUCUGAAGGAAACAGCGCGGUACUGUGAGGACUACCACAUCCCCUUCCCUCAGAUCGACUUCAGCAGCCUGGAGGGCCAGCCGCUGCGGGAGUGCUACCUCUUUAAGGACGACCACAACCCGCAAGCUCCCAUAGUGCUUCACUUCCCCCUCACCAACGCGUCCUUCAGGCAGUACCGCGCCCCAGGUGUGAGGCGUAUGGGGAAGACGGAGCUGAGGGGGGGAGAUGUGGACGUGGAGAGCAGCAGCUCCCCCUACAGGACGAUGAACCUAACUUACGAGCCGGAGGACUUCCAGCGGCUGGUGGCUCUCGCCGCCUAUAACGUCAGCAACAGCCAGGACACCAUCCUGCAGGCUCUCCAGCUCGCCCUGCACAAGUGCACACCUGAGAAUGGCCCCGCCCCAUACCAGCACACACCUGAGGACAGCCCCGCCCACAAACACGCACCUGUGGACAGCCCCGCCCACAAACACACACCUGAGAACAGCACUACUCAGGUAGACAAGCACACACCUGAGGGCAGCCCUGCCCACAAACACACACCUGCGGACAGUCCCGCCCACAAACACACACCUGCGGACAGUCCCGCCCACAAACACACACCUGCAGACAGCCCCGCCCACAAACACACACCUGAGAACAGCACUACUCAGGUAGACAAGCACACACCUGAGGGCAGCCCUGCCCACAAACACACACCUGCGGACAGCCCCGCCCACAAACACACACCUGAGAACAGCACCACUCAGGUAGACAAACACACACCUGAGGACAGCACCUCUCAGUUACACAAACACACACCUGAGGACAGCACCUCUCAGUUACACAAACACACACCUGAGGGCAGCCCCGCCUCGUCAAAAGACAUGCAGGCAGGUGAACUGGAGACUCUAACUUGUCCAUAG